AUGUUUGGAAAUCAAAUAACUGAAAGGAAAGGUCUUGAUUUGACGAUUCCUUAUAGUAGUACCACCACCACCACCACCUACAACAACAACAACAAAAAACUGAUUUUCAAAUUAUUAUUUAUUGGGUUGAUCAUUAUAUCAAGUGGGAUUUUCUUAUAUUCAUCAACAACAACAUUAUCAUCAUACUAUCCCUAUAAGCAACAACAACAACAACUGACAAAUCUGAUUUCUAAUAUUCCAGCAAAGAUAGAUUUCGAUGCACCCUUAUCAGAACCAACUAAUAUUGUUGAACAACAAAUUAAUAAAAGAUAUGUUGAAUCAAUUGAUCUAGAAUAUAUUAUUAAACGAGAUGACAGCAACAACAAUAACAAGGAUGAUGACAACAACAACAACAAUAACAAUAACAAAGACGAUUCUAAAAAAAAAUCAAAACCAAUAUAUGAUCAACCAGGUAUGAGAUUUGUAUUUGCCUUAUUUGCUUUUGUUAUAUUAAAUAUGAUUGCUAUUUGUAUUCAUCAUAUCUAUAUGAAAAUAACUAAUUCAGUUAAUGCUUAUAAAACUGUCAAUGAUGAUAUUUCACCAUUUUAA